UCUUUCUGGAGGGAAAUAAACAAUGAAUAAAUGUAUACUCAUUCCACAGCUCACUAGAAGCAUGCAACACAAGUUAUACUGGUAGACCCAUAAAUUUUCACCGCUGUUUCUCUCUUUAACCCUCCCCAAUCCUCAUCCUUCCUCCCUCCCAGAUAAAUUCUCUGUAAUAUAUAUAAGGAGGCUGCUCUGUAUAUAAUGGUUAAAUUUCUCUUUCAUUGAGAAAAGACCGGAUGUACUAUUUCUAGUUAUGAAGAUAACAUAGCAGAAGGGGAGCAGAGAAGGUCGUGCAGGUUUUGUCUUUUUGAUUCAGCUCCAAUUUUCCAGCUUUCGUGACUUAAGCUUAUAUUCAAAUCCAACCAUUUGUGUCUGUUUUUGAUUUUCUGUUAAUUAGAUUCAAUUUGGGGUUUCUGUUUGGGGAAAGAUGAAUACCAGAAGCAGGACCAACCUGCAACCUAUGAAGGCCUCUAUGAAGCUUGAAAAAGAAAACAUGGAACAACAAAGUAAUAAGAGAAUAAUGCACUCGGAGAAAACGCCUAUAAACCGGAGAAAAGCAAUCAGAGAGCGAAAGAUAGAAUUGUUACAAGAUGUAGAUAAGCUGAAAAAGAAACUGAGGCAUGAAGAAAAUGUUCACAGAGCUCUUGAGAGGGCGUUUACGAGACCUCUGGGAGCUCUCCCUCGUCUACCUUCUUAUCUUCCAUCCUCUACACUCGAGCUAUUAGCCGAAGUAGCUGUUUUGGAAGAAGAAGUUGUACGGCUUGAAGAACAAGUUGUACAUUUCAGGAAAGGGCUGUACAAUGAAGCAGUUUAUAUUUCAUCAUCUACAAGGAAUGUGGAGAAUCCAGCUGAGCAAUGUGACUCAUUCAUAACUCCCAAACCCAAGCAAACCAAGCUCUCACCACUAAGCGAUGAUUGUAUAGUGAAAGAAGAUCAACCAUGCAUUGCUACCAAACAAAGCCCGAAAUCACCAAAUGUAAAAAUUCAAAGUGUGAGGACAUCGAGAAAGAGAUUUCCACCUAUUGAUAACAGGCAAGUAGAAAAGGGGUCAGAUCCUCAAAAGUUACCACCGCAACAGAGUAAAAUAGAUGACAAGACUUCAGGAGAUGAUAGCCCAAACAAGAUAUCUGAGAGUAUUUUAAAAUGCUUACUGAGCAUUUUCUUCCGGAUGAGCUCAAAAAAGACAAGGAGUUCAAUGGACAUAAUAUCUUCACUUUCAACAAUGACUACAAUUUCUGAUGUUUCAAUGACUACACGGUUUACAGACCCAUAUGGUAUCCGUUUAAAGUUCGGAAAACGUGAUAUCGGCCCAUAUAAGCAUUUAUUCGCAGUCGAGGCUCCUUCUUUCAAUCCAAACCGGUCAACUCUUUCUGUAUUUUUAGUUCGCAGAUUGAAACUUCUGUUUGACAAGCUUGAGUCAGUACAACUCAAAAGUCUCACGCACCAGGAGAAGCUUGCCUUCUGGAUAAAUAUCUAUAAUUCAUGCAUGAUGAAUGCUUUUCUAGAAAAUGGAAUGCCGGAUAGUCCUGAAAUGGUGGUAGAAUUGAUGCAAAAGGCAACGAUCAAUGUUGGGGGCCAUUUGCUUAAUGCUAUAACCAUUGAGCAUUUCAUUUUGAGAUUGCCUUAUCACUCAAAAUUUACCUUUGACAAGAGUCUGAAAAACGGCGAGAUGAUAGCACGCAGUAUGUUUGGACUGGAGUUCUCUGAACCUCUUGUAACCUUUGCCCUCUCUUGUGGAAGUUGGUCAUCACCUGCUGUGAGAGUAUAUACCGCUCCCGGAAUUGAAACAGAGCUAGAAGUUGCAAAAAGAGAGUAUUUGCAGGCAGCGGUCGGGAUUUCAAGAUCAAAGAAGUUGGUCGCCAUUCCAAAGAUGUUAGAUUGGUAUCUUUUAGAUUUUGCCAAGGAUUUGGAGUCAUUGCUUGAUUGGAUAUGCCUUCAAUUACCAAGUGAACUUAGAAAAGAAGCACUGGGCUGCCUUGAGAGAGGACACAAUGAGCCAUUGUCCCAGUUUCUCCAUAUUAUACCAUAUGAGUUUAGAUUCAGGUAUCUUUUGUGCAUCUAAGUUUUGGUUUUUGAUUUUUUUUCAAUUUAUUAGUUUAUUAACAAUCUCCUCCAUAGCUGAGUGGUUUGAGUAACAGGUUGAAAUAGAGAGCACUACAUAUGUAUAGAGUUUGAAAGUGUACAUUGUGAUAAUAAGGUUUUGGCUAGAAUAAGAUUUUCCUUCCCAACUACAAGGUUGGUAUGCUUUUGCAUUAUUAUAAAUCUAGUAAUAAUAAAUAAUAACUUUGUUGGCGUGGUUUUAUUGGUUUUGCUAAAGAUUAUUGUAUCGGGAUUUUGUCCCAUACUUGAUCAAAGUGAGUGUGAAGUUGUUAAGGGUUGUGACUUGUUUGGUAAACGCUAUUUUGUUGAGUUAGAAAUGUGAAAAUGUGGUUAAGAUUAAUUUAAGUGUAAAACUUCUUGCUACGAUUAUUUGGUUAUUGUGUUUGUGAAGAUUAAGGCUAUCCUCAAUCGUUGUACUCCGUUUAUGUUACGUUGCAUUCUAUGGAAUUGGCCCAGAAACAGCAAAAGGCCUACAUACAGUAAAAAGGAUGAGAAAAGCUGGUGGCACAGAAAUGUUUAAUUGUACAUUAUUUUUUCGAAGUACACAUAUAUUAUUACGUUAUUACUCCGUAUAAUUGUAAUUGUAAUAGUAAUACGGAGUAUAUGACAGCAAAGCAGGAUUGAAUAGUGAUGGUACUAAGUACUUACCUAA